GCUGCGCUCACUCCGAAUCGAGCUGUCUGCUGUGCGCCUAUGAGAGACAGCGCGUCGUUCUGUCUGCAUCACCGGCAGCUCCAUCCUUCUACUUUGCAAUGUCGGGUGUUUUCACCAAGAAAGGUUUCGACGAUGCGUGCGAAGCAUCGGAGGGCUCGCUUCCUUUGAAAUUACAGCAGAUAGCGGAAGAAGAGCUGGGAGAGACGCCCGCGAAGAGACAGGAAGCCCUUGAUAGACUCAGGAAGUUGCUGGACGUCGAACCGGAUCUGAAUGCCAACCAGGACGCCGAAUUCCUGCUCCGGUUUCUGCGGGUCCGGAAGUACAACGUGGAGUCAGCGCUGCAGACCAUCAAGAACUACUAUAGGAACCGAGCCGCCAGCGGGUCUCUUUACCGCGAGUUCCUGCCCUGCAAAGCGCCACCCGCGGCGCGCAAGAUUGUCAUGAUACUGCCACACAAAGACGUUCACGGACGGCCAGUAUUGCUCAUGAAACCAGGUUCAUGGAUGCCCGACGAAGUGUCUUACUCCGAUCUCCAUAGAGCCGGCCUGUUCUGCUUGGAGCACCUGGCACGUGACCCUGCUGCACAGGUCCUAGGAAUAGUGCUACUCGUAGACUAUGGCGGAUUCACGGUGGACAAACUCUUCUCCACCAGCAUCGGCCUCAUCAGAAGGGGUCUGGAGUAUUUACAGGAUUGCAUGCCUAUGCGGUUGAAGGCCGCCCACAAUGUCAGACAGUCGUAUGCUUUCGACGUGUUUUUCGCUCUCGUCAGGCCAUUCAUCAAAGCCAAGCUAGCCGAAAGGAUACGCCUACAUGGACAAAAUUUCGAAAGCCUACACGAGGAAAUCUCGCCCAAAGCACUGCCCGAAGAAUACGGGGGUCAGGGACCACCACUGGAUCCCGAGGAAUGCUGGAAGACAGUGGACGCCGACGAGGAUUACUUCGCGGCUUGCAGCCGCUUUGGAUAUGCCACGAGCGACCAGGACAACGACCUUGCCGAAGGACCCGAGCCUCCACUGGAACUCACGUAUUUGUAAAGAAAUGAAAACAGCUGAAACAUGAGACACGCCAGUCUGAGUUGUCACCAGCCUCACUGGCUCAGUGACUAUCACAUUCAGCUGUGGGCAUGAAUUAGUUCGUCCGAUUUGCGGUUGCGGUGUGAUGAGGAAGAAAUGCGAAAAGAGAGACCUUUAUUAAGAUAGGAAAAGCUGAGAGGUCGGCCUAAAUCAAAGUUCUGGCCUAUACUAUUUGUCAUGCUGGAAUGGAACGCGAGAGAGCUGUGGCACUGACAUAUAGGCGCACUUUAAAAUGGAUUUCCGUAAACUAUGUGUUAACGCUUUGCAACCAUUAUUUACAUUUUUGUUAUUCUGCCCCAUGUUCGUACGUUUGUUUGAGCCGACCCGACUUUGAUAUGUAGUGAUCAGCUAAGCGAGGAGGAGUGGUUGGCAUCCCCCAUGAUGAAAACAUCUCCUAUAAGCGCACUUAUUGAUAAUAAUAAUUAAAUAAUGCUGGAGAUCGAUACGAACCGAAAUCUGCAGUUUAGCUCUACCCACUGCCGAGGUUGGCAACACAAAGAACCCAAAACUGCGAGGUUUCAGAUUCCAUUCCAUCGAACUUGGUCCUCAUUGUAUAUCUCACCCACAGUGAUGACCCAUUGAAUAUGUUCUGUAGUUUUUCCUUAUCUCUGGAGAGGCACGAGGGCUAUCUCUGC